AUGGUUUCCACAGGCACAGAGUCACAUACCAACGCAGAUGAUCUAUCAGGGGGCGCCAAGCGCAAGCGUAGUGGAUGCUCCCCAGGAAUUGAAGGAACAGUUUGCUCAAGAUGCGAGGACCAGCAGGUUCAAUGUACAUAUAACCGCCCAGUCAAGCGACGAGGCCCACCUGCCCGUCGAACAUGCAAGAAUGCGAAUACACACGCUGUGAUAGCCGACGAUGAUCCACCUGCGAAUACACAAACUACUGCAAUGACGGAGUCCAUUAAUAUAUCACCCCUGAUGGGCAUUCAACCGAUGUAUAAUUUGCCUCCAGCAACCUUCACUCCUGAAGAUGGAAACAGUGCUCAUUCUCCACAUGCAUCCAUUCUCUAUUCUGAGAUAGAAGAUGUGUUAGAACCGAAGGUCAUCGAGAAGCUAUGCUAUGCUGCGGCUGUUAAGGCCAUGCCUGCUGACAUUACAACAAUUUCCGAUUACUGUCAAGCUAUGAAAGCGAGUGCAUUAUUGACUUCAGUGUGCCUUCAGAAUGGCAAGCUGAAGAGACUCGUCUCUCAUCUGUCAGAUUAUAUCUGUCUUUCUACAAUCCAUAAGUUUCAUCUUGAAGCUCACUGGCCUGAGGGUCUUACUGAGAUAGAGCGACAAGAACGGCGCAGAUUGUUCUGGUGUGUCUACCAGCAAGAGCGUUACCUUUCAAAGAAUUUCGAUUUGCCAACUCGGCAGUGCGAGGGAAAAUCCACGGUGCUUUACCCAGCAGAGGUUUUUGACGAUAGCGACAUUACUGCGACAGGCGUACAUUUGCGACCAGAUCGUGUAUCAUUCAUCCGUGGAUGA